UAAUCUGUGUUCGUCGCCUCCACGACCACUAGACAAAGAUGUAUCUCACCACGCACCCUAAAAAUCCAAGAAAAGAGAAACACAAUUUACACAAUCAUUAUCCUCAACCUUUACAUAUAAUAAAGUCCAAUAGUCGGACAAUUGUUCCAAUUUAUUGGGAAGUUGACCGAUCAAAAUCAAGAAAUUGAUAAAAAUUAAAUCUUUGAAGAACCCACCGUCCCUUUUGACUUUUCAACUUGAAUCUGAUGAUGGGUCGAAGUUUUUUCCUAAUUUUUCUGGUUGCACUCUCUUCCCUUUUCGUGUUGCUCCAUGGCAGCCCCGGUGAUGCUGAUCCCCUUUACCAGUCUUGCUUAAAGCAAUGCGAGAAAACGGGAUGUGUGGGGAGCAAAUGUUUUAAACACUGCAAUUUUUCCUCAAGCGGAGAUUCCACAAACGGGCCAUGGUAUCUACAAGAACCGCUCUACGUACAGUGGAAGCAAUGGGGUUGCCUUAGUGACUGCCGUUAUCACUGCAUGUUAUCCAGAGAAGAAGAAAGACAGAAAAUCGGCCACGAGCCUGAGAAAUAUCACGGGAAAUGGCCGUUCAAACGCAUAUACGGGAUUCAGGAACCGGUUUCUGUGGCUCUCUCUGCUGUUAAUCUUGCGGUGCAGUUUCAUGGAUGGGUGUCGUUUUUCAUUCUUGUGAACUAUAAACUGCCGUUUAGACCGAACAAACAGACGUAUUACGAGUACACUGGGCUGUGGCAUUUGUACGCCGUCUUUGCAAUGAAUGCUUGGUUUUGGACUGCAGUUUUCCACACACGAGAUGUUGAGUUGACGGAGAAGGUGGAUAUAUCGUCUGACGUGGCAUUAAAGGGAUAUUCCAUAUUUCUAGCUAUAAUACGAGCUUUCAAUGUGAGAAUCGAGGCUGCUAGGGUUAUGGUUUUAGCUCCCAUAUUUGCUUUUGUCGCAACCCAUAUCUUGUACUUGAACUUCUACGAGCUCGACUAUGGAUGGAAUAUGAAAGUUAGUGUGGCGAUGAGUGUAGUGCAGAUUGUGGUGUGGGCAGUUUGGGGAGGUGUGAGUCGUCACCCCGCGCGUUGGAAGCUGUGGGUGGUUGUACUCGGUGGAGGUUUAGCAGUACUCUUGGAGAUUUACGAUUUUGCCCCGUAUUGGGAACUGGUUGAUUCUCGUGCACUCGGUCAUGCAAUUAUGAUUCCUUUGACCUACCUAUGGUGGAGUUUUGCACGCGACGACAGCGAAUUCAGAACGUCGAUUCUCGUCAAGAAGACAAAGUAGCUUCGGUUCCGUCGAAUACGGACCCGUCGAUCUAUUUUCCACGUUUCGUUAAGAUCAAUGAUUAGGAAUUAGGGCAAUUGUGGGCCUAUCAAGAAACUUUUUUUUUUUUUAUGUUAAAAUUAUUUCUCAGUGUUAUUUGUGAAUGAUUGUAGGAGAAUCGAGUUUAUUCAGUGCAUUUUGUGUUU